AUGGAAGAUUUUCGAGGUAUAGCAGAAGAAUCAUUUCCAAGCUUUCUCACCAAUUCAUUAUUUGGUAACAGUGGGAUUUUGGAAAAUGUCACUCUUUCUUCAAAUCUUGGCUUGCCGGUUGCUGUUUCCACACUUGCUAGGAAUAGAUCCAGCACUGAUAACAGGUAUCCUGAUGUCCAGUCAUCUUACUUAGUAGAAGAGAGAUUUUCAGUUCCAUCUGGGUCAUCUCCCGGAAGCCAGAGUGAUGCUGAACCAAGAGAGAGGUUACAGCUUAGCUUCCAGGAUGACGAUUCUAUCUCUAGGAAAAAGAGCUAUGUGGAAAGUCAGCGUUUGUCAAAUGCUCUCAGCAAACAGUCAGCUUUCCAAAUGGAGACAGCAGGACCAGAAGAGGAGCCAGCCAGAGCUACAGAAUCCUUGCAGGACCAAGAUCUCUUCAACAGGGCUUCACCACUGGAAGAAGCACAAGACUCACCUAUUGAUUUUCAUUUACAGUCAUGGAUGAAUGAUAAGGAACCCAAGAUUGUUGUGCUCGAUGCUGGAAAACAUUUUGAAGACAAGACUCUAAACAGUGACCUAAGCCACACUAGCUUAUUAGAAAAUGAGAAACUUGUGUUACCGACAAGCUUGGAAGAUUCCUCUGAUGAUGAUAUUGAUGAUGAAAUGUUUUAUGAUGAUCAUUUGGAGGCUUAUUUUGAACAACUGGCAAUUCCAGGAAUGAUAUAUGAAGACCUAGAAGGACCAGAACCUCCAGAAAAAGGUUUUAAGUUACCCACAAAUGAUCUUAGUCAGGCAAAUGAAAAUGGUAGCUUAAACUGCAAGUUUCAAUCAGAAAAUAACAGCUCUCUGAUUUCCCUUGACUCACACUCUUCUGAAACAACUCACAAAGGGUCUGAGGAAAGCCAAGUUUUUUGUCUACCUGGGACUAGUAAUUCUGUAGGUACUGGAGGUAGUGGAAGGCACACAGGUGGUCUGUUACCAUUUUCCUCUGGUACUUGGGGAAUUGAGAAAGAAAUAGAAAACGUGAAGGGUAUCGUUCCAGAUCUUAGCAGCGAAAGUACAAGUAAAGAUGUUCUGGUGAAGACCCUCAGGGCUACUGACCUGAAACUUAACUCUGAUAAUUUUCAUGAUGCAAAUGCCAAUAGAGGUGGUUUUGACCCGACUGACCCUGUAAAACAGGGAGUGGAGUGUCCUCAUCAAAAUAAGACAGUUUUGCACACGGAUGGAUGUUUAGACACUGAGACUCCUACAGUGUCCAUUCAAGAAGAUGUGGAUGUAGCCUCUUUGAAGCCUAUUAGUGACAGUGGAAUUAAUUUCAGUGAUGCCCUUUGGUCACCAACUUGUGAAAGGCGAACAUGUGAAUGUCACGAGUCCAUUGAAAAGAAUAAAGACAAAACAGAUCUCCCACAGAGUGUGGUCUAUCAAAAUGAAGAGGGUAGGUGGGUCACAGACCUUGCCUAUUACACAUCUUUUAAUAGCAAACAAAAUUUAAAUAUGUCUCUAAGUGAUGAGAUGAAUGAAGACUUCAGAUCUGGUUCUGAAGCAUUUGAUUUGAUUGCACAAGAUGAAGAAGAAUUUAAUAAAGAGCAUCAAUUUAUACAGGAAGAAAACAUAGAUGCUCGUAAUGCUUCGGUCGCACUGGGCGAUAUGUCCUGGGGAGCUACAAUUAAUCACAGUCUGUUGAGGAAAUCACAUAGCACAUCAGAUUUGGAUAAAGAUGAUGCCAGUUAUUUACGUCUAUCUUUAGGAGAGUUCUUUGCUCAAAGAUCUGAAGCGCUUGGUUGCCUUGGUGGUGGUAACAAUGUGAAAAGACCGUCAUUUGGCUAUUUUAUUAGAUCACCAGAGAAGACAGAACCUGUUGCCUUAAUAAGAAAAUCCGAUGUCUCGAGAGGUGAUUUGGAAAAAGAAAUGGCUCAUCUUAACCAUGAUCUAUAUUCAGGAGAUUUAAAUGAACAGUCCCAGGCACAGCUAAGUGAAGGAUCAGUUACACUACAGGUUGAAGCAGUGGAGAGUACUUCACAAGUGGAUGAAAAUGAUGUGACGUUAAUGGCUGAUAAAGGCAAAACAGAGGACACUUUCUUUAUGAGCAACACACCCCAAAGAUACAAAGACAAGCUACCAGACAGUGGCGAUUCUGUGCUUAGGAUCAGCACCAUUGCGUCAGCCAUUGCAGAGGCGUCAGUUAAUACGGAUCCUUCCCAACUUGCUGCUAUGAUCAAGGCACUUUCAAAUAAAACCAGAGACAAGACUUUUCAGGAAGAUGAGAAACAGAAGGACUGUUCUCACGUGUGUCAUUUCUUACCUUAUGAUUUAGAAAAAAGUAGUGGAUCCAAUGUGUUUGAUAUGGAGAAGUACCUUAAAAAAACUGAAGUUAGUAGAUACGAAAGUGCAUUGGAAAACUUUUCAAGGACUGGUAUGUCUGAUACUUGGGAUUUAUCUUUGCCCAAAGAACAAAUUACUCAAGACAUUCGUUCAGUGGACUCAAGUGCUACUAGUGUAAGUGUGAGGGAACCAGAAGAAAACGCAGCAGCUAUUGUUUAUGUUGAAAAUGGAGAGAGUGAGAGUCAAGAGUCAUCUAGAACCGUGAACUCUUCAAAUUCAGUUACAAAUGUGAGAGAGAAUAGCAGUGCAGUAGUUGACAUGAAGACACGUUCCAUUGACAACAAAUUACAAGAUGUUGGUAACAAUGAAAAAACUACCUCAGUUUCCACUCCAUCUGAUAGUUAUUCAUCAGUGAGGAACUCCAGAAUAACAUCCCUUUGUCUGUUAAAAGAGUGUGAAGAAAUACGAGAUAGUAGAGAAAAUCAGAGGCAAAAUGAGUGUGUCAGUGAAAUAAGCAACAGUGAGAAGCAUGUGACUUUUAAAAACCAUUGCAUAGUCUCACCUAAAAAUAGUGAUUUGAAAAAUCUCUCUCCUGAGCAUGGUGGACGUGGCUCAGAGGAUGAGCAGGAGAGCUUCAGACCUUCCACAUCACCACUGAGUCAUUCUUCUCCCAGUGAAAUUUCCGGAACAAGUUCAUCAGGGUGUGCGUUAGAGUCCUUUGGUUCAGCAGCUCAGCAGCAGCAGCCUCCCUGUAAGCAGGAGUUGUCUCCCUUGGCGUGCUCGCCUGCUGGGGUGAGCAGGCUGACGUAUGUGUCUGAACCAGAGAGCUCCUGUCCUGCCACAACCACAGAUGAUGCCCUGGAGGACCGCAAGAGUAAUAUCACCAGUGAGUUAAGUACCACAAUUAUUCAAGGCAGUCCAGCCGCAUUGGAGGAACGGGCUAUGGAAAAAUUGAGAGAAAAAGUUCCAUUUCAGAAUAGAGGAAAAGGAACAUUAUCAUCUAUUAUCCAGAAAAACUCUGAUACAAGAAAAGCAACUGAAACCACUUGUCUGAGUAGCAAGGCUGAAUCUGUAAAACCUGACUUUAAAUGGAGUAAAGAUCCCUCCUCCAAAAGUGGAAAUCUGUUGGAAACCAAUGAGGUAGGUUUGACAUCAAACCCUGAAGAAGUGGACCUGAUCAGGCUGGCUCUCCUGGGCAAGUCAGGUCUGAGCUGUCAGGUGGGGUCAGCCACAUCACGUCCUGUGUCCUGCCAGGAGCCUGUAGAUGAAGAUCAAAGAAUAAUUCCUAAAGAUAAGUCAACUGCUGGCCGUGAGUUCGGGGGCCAGGUUUCUCAUCAGACCACCUCUGAAAACCAGUGCACUCCUGUUCCCAGCAGCACAGUUCGCGGCUCUGUGGCUGACAUGCAGAACGUGCCUGCUGCUGUGCACGCACUCUUGGCGCAGCCCUCUCUCAGCACAGCUCCCUUUGCUCAGCGGUAUUUGGGAACGCUCCCUUCGGCCGGAAGCACCACCUUGCCUCAGUGUCAUGCUGGCAGCGCCACAGUCUGUGGCUUCUCAGGAGGCCUCCCCUACCCAGCCGUCGCAGGAGAGCCUGUGCAGAGCUCGCUGGCUGUGGGGAUUUGUCUGGGGUCAAAUAUCGGCUCUGGAUGGACGGGCCCCUCUUCCCUCUGUAACCCGUAUUCUAAUACUUUAAAUCAGAACCUGCUAAGCACAACAAAACCUUUUCCUGUGCCGUCUGUUGGUACCAACUGUGGAAUUGAACCAUGGGAUUCAGGAAUGACAUCAGGAUUGGGGAGUGUCCGAGUGCCGGAGGAGUUGAAGCUUCCUCACGCUUGCUGUGUCGGGAUCGCUUCCCAGACCCUCCUCAGUGUGCUCAAUCCAACCGACCGCUGGCUGCAAGUCAGCAUCGGGGUCCUCAGCAUUAGUGUGAAUGGUGAAAAGGUGGAUCUUUCAACAUAUCGUUGUUUAGUUUUCAAGAAUAAAGCCAUCAUAAGGCCUCAUACCACAGAAGAGAUAAAAGUGCUUUUUAUCCCAUCCAGUCCUGGGGUUUUCAGAUGCACAUUCAGUGUUGCUUCUUGGCCGUGUUCGACAGAUGCUGAGACCAUCGUACAGGCGGAAGCUUUGGCCAGCACCGUCACUCUCACUGCCAUUGCCGAGAGUCCUGUUAUCGAGGUAGAAACAGAAAAGAAAGAUGUUCUUGAUUUUGGUGACUUGACUUAUGGAGGCUGGAAAGCUCUCCCACUAAAAUUGAUAAACCGAACGCAUGCCACUGUGCCAAUUAGACUGAUUAUUAAUGCUAACGCCGUAGCCUGGCGCUGUUUCGUGUUUUCCAAGGAACCCGUCCGAGCUCCUGCGGAAGCUGCUUCUUGCACUGAUGUGGUCACCCGGCUAGCAGGCCCUUCUGUGGUCAACCACAUGAUGCCUGCUAGUUAUGAUGGACAGGAUCCAGAAUUUCUGAUGAUUUGGGUUCUUUUCCAUAGUCCAAAGAAACAGAUCAGCUCUUCAGAGGUUCUGGACUCAGCAGAAGAAUUCUUCGCAAAAGUUGAUAUAGAAGUAGACAGCCCAAACCCUACGCCAGUUCUUAGAAGUGUGAGUCUCCGAGCAAGAGCGGGAAUAGCUAGGAUCCACGCUCCCAGGGACUUGCAGACGAUGCAUUUCUUGGCCAAAGUGGCUUCCUCAACAAAGCAGCACUUACCUUUGAAAAAUGCUGGGAACAUUGAAGUUUAUUUGGAUAUCAAGGUCCCAGAACAAGGAAGUCACUUUUCAGUGGAUCCAAAGAAUCUAUUCCUUAAACCUGGAGAAGAACAUGAGGUUAUUGUUUCAUUUACUCCAAAGGAUCCUGAAGCCUGUGAGGAAAGGAUGUUGAAAAUACUUGUGCAGCCAUUUGGACCUCAGUAUGAAGUCAUGUUAAAAGGUGAAGUCAUUUCUUCAGGAAGUAAACCUCUGUCACCUGGACCUUGCUUAGAUAUUCCAUCGAUUUUGUCCAACAAACAAUUUCUGGCUUGGGGAGGCGUCCCUCUUGGUAGAACACAGCUUCAGAAACUAGCUUUGAGAAAUAAUUCUGCAUCCACAACGCAACAUUUACGACUGCUAGUUAGAGGACAAGAUCAGGACUGCUUUCAGCUUCAGAACACUUUUGGUUCAGAACAGCGAUUGACCAGUAACUGUGAGAUCAGAAUUCACCCAAAGGAAGACAUUAUCAUCUCUGUAUUAUUUGCACCUACUCGAUUAUCUUGCAUGUUGGCUAGACUAGAAAUCAAACAACUUGGAAACCGAUCACAACCAGGCGUAAAGUUCACAAUACCUUUGUCUGGAUAUGGAGGAACAAGCAAUCUUAUUUUGGAAGGCGUUAAAAAAUUAUCUGACAGUUACAUGGUAACAGUGAAUGGCUUAGUACCUGGCAAAGAAAGUAAAAUUGUUUUUUCUGUCCGCAACACUGGCUCCCGAGCAGCUUUUGUUAAAGCAGUAGGUUUUAAGGAUUCUCAGAAAAAAAUUUUGCUGGAUCCGAAAGUAUUGAGGAUUUUUCCAGAUAAAUUUGUACUCAAGGAAAGAACACAAGAAGAUGUUACUUUAAUAUAUAAUCCAUCAGACAGAGGAAUCAAUAAUAAAACUGCAACAGAACUAUCGACUGUAUACUUACUUGGUGGAGAUGAAAUUUCAAGACAGCAGUAUCGCAGGGCCCUGUUACAUAAACCAGAGAUGAUAAAAGAGAUACUUCCAGAACACAGUGUGUUUCAAAACAUUAAUUUUGUUGAAGCAUUUCAAGAUGAGCUAUUAGUAACUGAAGGUAAGAAUUUUGUUAGCGACUUGGGAGCUUCUGGGAGACAUGGUGGCAACAUCUCUUUGGAUGUUUUACCAGUCAGAGGUCCUCAAGGUUCUCCUCUUCUCUCACAGGCGGCUCGCCCGCCUCCGGAUCAGCUGGCCUCCGAAGAGCCGUGGACUGUCCUGCCCGAGCACUUGAUUCUAGUAGCUCCUUCUCCUUGUGACAUGGCAAAAACUGGAUGCUUUCAGAUUGUGAAUAACUCUGUGAGGUUAUUGAGAUUUGAGCUGUGCUGGCCAGCGCAUUGCCUCACAGUCACACCGCAGCAUGGAUGUGUCGCCCCAGAGAGUAAACUACAAAUUCUUGUGAGUCCUAAUUCCUCCUUAUCCACAAAACAGUCAAUGUUCCCGUGGAGUGGUUUGAUCUAUAUACACUGUGAUGCUGGACAGAAGAAAAUCGUGAAAGUUCAGAUUCGAGAAGAUUUAACUCAGGUGGAACUUUUAACUCGUUUGACCUCCAAACCAUUUGGAAUUCUUUCCCCAAUAUCUGAGCCUGCAGUCAGUCAUUUGGUGAAACCAAUGACAAAACCGCCUUCCACAAAAGUUGAAAUAAGAAAGAAGAGUAUUACUUUUUGUACAACAGAACCUGGUGAAACUUCAGAGAGCUGUCUGGAACUCGAGAAUCACGGCACCACAGACGUGAAAUGGCAUCUGUCAUCUUUAGCUCCACCUUAUGUCAAGGGAGUUGAUGAAAGUGGAGACGUUUUUAGAGCCACCUAUGCAGCAUUCAGAUGUUCUCCUAUUUCUGGUCUACUGGAAAGCCAUGGGAUCCAAAAAGUCUCCAUCACAUUUUUGCCCAGAGGUAGAGGGGAUUAUGCCCAGUUUUGGGAUGUUGAAUGUCACCCUCUUAAGGAGCCUCACAUGAAACACACUUUGAGAUUCCAACUCUCUGGACAGAGCAUCGAAGCAGAAAAAGAGCCUGAAAACGCACCCCUUUCCACGGAUUCCCUCAUUAAAAUAGAUCAUUUAGUUAAGCCCCGAAGACAAGCUGUGUCAGAGGCUUCUGCUCGCAUACCUGAGCAGCUUGAUAUGACUGCUCGUGGAGUUUAUGCCCCAGAAGAUGUGUACAGGUUCCUGCCGACUAGUGUAGGGGAAUCACGGACACUCAAAGUCAAUCUGCGAAAUAAUUCUUUUAUUACACACUCGCUGAAGUUUUUGAGUCCCAGAGAGCCAUUCUAUGUCAAACAUUCCAAGUACUCUCUGAGAGCCCAGCAUUACAUCAACAUGCCCGUGCAGUUCAAACCGAAGUCCGCAGGCAAAUUUGAAGCUUUGCUUGUCAUUCAAACAGAUGAAGGCAAGAGUAUUGCUAUUCGACUGAUUGGUGAAGCUCUUGGAAAAAAUUAACUAGAAUACAUUUUUGUGUAAAGUAAAUUACAUAAGUUGUAUUUUGUUAACUUUAUCUUUCUACACUACAAUUAUGCUUUUGUAUAUAUAUUUUGUAUGAUAAUUGGAUAUCUAUAAUUGUAGGUUUUUUUUUUACAAGCUAAUACUGAAGACUUGACUGAAAUAUCAUGUAUCUAGCCUACAGUAUUGUACUUAACUUUUACAGGUGAGAAGAGAGUUCUCUGUUUGCACUGAUUAUGAUAUUCUGAAUAAAUAUGGAAUAUAUUUUAAUGUAUAUCCAGAA